CUUUUAAAAUUUUGGUGGGCUUUGUUUCGGUUACAAUACUUAUUACGAAAUGUAGGAAUUUUAUUUAAAAACUUAUUAAUUAUCAAGAAUGGCUGAUAAGUUAAAGGAUUAUCAAGUACUCGACGUGCUCUGUGAUGGUACGUUCUAUAAAGUAAAGCACAAGGUCACAAAUAAUAUUUAUAUGUGGAAAGCGUACAAUUGUUCGAAGUAUUCCAGUGAACAAAUACAAAAAGUUGUGAGCGAAGUGAAAAUUGUGAGUAAAAAUUCAUCAGGAAACCUCCUGCGUUUCCAUGAUACCAUCCUCCAUGAUCCGACCAAAGUUCUGUACUUUGUUCUCGAGUACAACUCUUGGCAAAAUUUACAGGAAUUAUUUCAAGUUUGUAAGAAAGAAAACAAAUAUUUUUCCGAGUGUUUCAUUUGGUAUUUACUGCUGGAAUUAGCUCGAACCUGCAAAGAAAUUGAAAACCUUAAUUUUACUAUGUUACAAAAAAGCAUAACACUGUGUUCAAUUUUUAUCAACGACAAUGGUGAUAUUCGCAUCAAUUGCUUUGACUUAGCGUCGUCGAAGUCGCCAGGUGUUGAACAGGAUUUAAUGAAACAAGUGGGUGGCAUUAUUCAAACACUUUGUACUAGAUGCGAAUAUACUGAUCAGAAGAUGCAAGAAUAUAUUUACAGUGACGACCUUCGCGACGUUGUGAGUUUUCUUACAGAAGACAGGACAAUAUUACGUCCAGAGAUAGUACUCUAUCAUCCCACAGUGUUAACCAAUAGUGUUACUGUGAGGACUUUUAAAAACCUUAGGGACAUAUUAGUCCCAAUAAAUUAUGCUAACUCUGAAGUAAACAAAUGUGAUUCAGAGAAAGCUGUGGAUAUGUAUAAUGUGAUUAAGCCAAUGCCAAGGACUCAUUUUAUUGAAGACAGUCCCAUUUAUUCCAAUAUUGUACCCAGGAAUAAGGCUCAGAGAGAGAUUACCAGUAGCAAUACUGUUAGCCCAUGCAUGUCUCCAACUAUUGCCGCAUUGGCAUUGGAGCUUCCUGGCUAUGUGCCCAGAAGCAGAAGGCCUAUUUAUAGUGAUUCACUGAAAGUUUACAAGGGUCCACAAAAAGUUUCUGAAGAAACCUUAAGCAACGAAUGGAUGUCAAGGCUUGUUGCAUUGAGACAAAGAGAGGAGUCCCUCAACCAAAGGGAGAGGGACCUGUUAGCUAAAGAGAUUAUAAACAGUCCCAGCACUAAUUUUGUUUCUAGUGGUCAUUCACCAAUUCCUAGAGAUAGCAAUGGGAUCACUUUGCCACCUGAGAUCAGUCAAAUCAAUGGCAAGAAGGAAUGGGUGUCACGCCGCCGUAGGCGGAGGAGUGGCUCUGUGAGGUCCAGGGGAAGGCGAAAGAGUUAUUCCUAUGAAGAUCUGGACAGUUCUCUCUCAGCAGAUCCAGGUGAUAGCAGCAUCAUAGUCACAGCUGCAAAAAUAACCCGAGAUAACAUGCCUCGGAAUCUAUUUCCAGACUUAUCUUCAAAGAAAGUGCACUUUACACCACAUAACCCAUUUGCUGAAAGUGACGAAAGUGUAACACUUGCGUUUUAUGAAUUGGAAAACAUUGACAAAGAUGGGUAUCAGGUGCCGAGGCAAGAUCUGAAAAAUAUCACUAAGUUCAAGUACUUGAAUCUUGACAAGGAUUGUUUCAAAGGUGAGGAAUGUGGCUCAUCACCGAAAAAACAAGCUAAGAUUAGUAAAGUGUUCAGUGACAUUAGUAAUAAAAGUAAUUUGCGUAAAACUCCAUCUAAAACAAGUAUAUCAUCAAAGAGUUCCAUUAUGUCCAAGGGGUCAUCUUGUAGUGAGUGGAGUGUGAUGAGUAAAGUAAGUGAAGGUAACUUUGAGAGGAGCCGGUCGGUAAGACAAGAGCAAACACCUCUUGCAACUCCUGGAUUGAAAAAAUCCAAGAGAAAGUCUUUACUACCUUUUAAAACUCCUUUUAAAUUUAUAUCUACUUCCACAAAAGUUUAAUAUCAUAAUAGUUGAUUUGUGUAUUUAGUGUUAGUAUUGGUUGUGGUAAUUGCAGCUUUAAUAAUAGUUUUCAAUCUACGCUUCCCGUGCUUUUAUAGAUUUAAUUAUUAGUUUAAUUAUCUUAAAGAAUGUAUAAUAACUUAUAUAAGAAGAGAACGGACAUAACCCACCAUAAUCACUAAUUAUAAGAAAUUUUAUAUUUUCAUAAAACUUAAAUAUUUAGUUUUUAAACUCUUAUGGCCUGGUAAUAAUAAAGUUUUUAUAUAUCUACCCAUAUUAAAUAUUUGGCCAAUAAUAAUAACAAAAUAAUAUGUAAGAUUGCUUAUAUUCAAUAUCAAGUGUUUUAUUAGUUAGUAUAAUUUUUAUAGUGUAUGAUUUACUAUUAAGUUAUAAUUAUAUUUUGAUUUAUGUCUUCCAGAAAAAUCGAUUAUGAGAUUAACUAAGUUUUUAUAUAAGAUGCCAUAAUUAUAAUAAGAUAACAAUGUACCUAUUGAAAACAAAUGUGUAAAGGGAUUAUCAAAUAAAAAUUAUACAAAUCAGCAAUCAUGUAGAACAUUUAUUUGAUAUAACAGUUAUAAUAUACAAAAUAUCAGUAUCA